AUGGAAGUAUCACCUAUCAUGAAGCAGAGGCUGCCCUCUGGGAAGGCCUGUACGAGCUGUCGGAAGAGGAAGAACCGCUGCGACGGGUCUCGUCCCCGAUGCAGCACCUGCCAGAGUCGAGGGAUUCCCUGCGAUUACCCAGUUGUUCCUGCCGACAGAUUCACCGUCGAAGAACUCAAGGCCCUAAUGAGGGCCAAACUUGCGAGGGCUACCAGUGACAUCAGAGAUCAACCCUCUUCCGCAUCCUCCCCAUCUGGUUCUCAAGAACCUGAUGGAUAUUUUGGCGAGUCAUCGACAUUUGCCUUCGUAUCCAAGGUCUCGACUAGUGCGACAACCCACGACGCAGUGCCUGGUCACCGUGACAAACGACGCCGCCUAUCGAGCACAAGAAGCGUGCAUACCGCCAGCCUCGACGCCGGCCUGACGCCAGGGGAAGGCGGCGAGUGCUAUGAUCUCCCGCAAAAGCAGAUCGCAGAUGGCCUCGUGGAUGCGUAUUUUGCUCGUGUCCAUCGUCUGUACCCCUUCGUGCACGAGCCUUCCUUCCGACUGGAAUAUGAACGCAUGUGGACUCUCGAUCCACGAGUCCUUGCAGACUCGCGUCCUAUAUGGUUUGGGCUUCUCAACCUAGUUUUUGCCCACGGUUGCGAGUUCUGCGACUCGGUGCGGAAGAGAGAGUCUGUCUCGAUGGCGUCCCGCUUCGUCAACAACGCGAGACGCAUCGUGUUCGCCCAUGUCUUCACGGAAGGCAGCCUGGAAUUGGUCCAGGCAUUGCUCCUGAUGUGCCACUACCUCCAGAGCACGCUCGAGCUGAACGAGUGCUGGAGCCUUGUCGGUCUGAUGAUUCGCACUUCCAUCAGCCUCGGCCUGCACUUCAACCCCCCUUCUUCCGAGAGUCUGACAUCUGUGCAGUGGGAAAUGAGGAAGCGGAUAUGGUGGGGCUGCUAUAUCAUCGAUCGGACACUGAGCAUGAAGUUUGGAAGGCCCCCGUCGAUACAAGGGGCGAAUACUUUCGACAUCGAUGCGCCGCUCAACGUCGAUGAUCAGUACAUCAGCCAGGACUCGGUGGUCCCCAGACAGCCCGAGGGUCGCCCUUCCCUGACGACGUUCUUCACUCAGACGAUCAAACUUGCAGAUGUCAUUGAGAGGGUGCUCCUCGACCUCUACCAACCGAGCCAGAAUAAGAGGGCGGGUGAUAAGUCGCCAAGGCAGGGCACUGUUCACUCCUACAUCAUUGGCCACUCGGUCCUGCUUGAUGGAGAAUUGCUCUCCUGGUGGAACGCGGUGCCUCCUCAUCUAAAGAACGAACCAGAGGUUCCGGACGGCCCCGACUUUAAACUUCAGCGCAAUGUUCUCUUCAUAAGGUUCUUGAAUCUUCGUCUAUUAAUUCAUCGACAAUCUUUCCUCAUUUUCAGUAAGCGUGAAAUAGACGAUCCGUUCCAACGCGCCGUCGCCAUCGCUUCAUGCCAGACGUGCAUAACCGCGGCUCGCGAGACCAUCCGAGUCAUACAUUCUCAGUAUCGUCGUCGCUUGCUCAACUCUCUGUGGUAUAAUCUGCAUUAUGUAUUCACGGCCAUGGGCGUCCUUCUCUCCCUUCAGACCAUGGAAAAGGCGAAGCUCGAAGCCUUUAGUGAGACGUGCCACGACGACACGUUGGAGCUGGGCAUGGAAUUCCUAAGGGCGGCCAGUGCCACCAGCACGCUGGCCGCCCGAUACGUCGCCAUGUUACGGCGCAUCCGAACAGGGCCAACUGAUGCCCUGACAGCAACAACGGUGGCGACAGCGGCAACGACGACGCCUGCUGCAGGUCAGGGGCAGGGACAGGGAACUCCCCAUCACGGAACCAUUGACGGCAUCAGCGCAUCGCCGUACCCCGCAGACGGUGGCAUAUGGCUCCCGAGACCUGCUGAUGACUUUCAAAUCUUUGGCGACUCUGGCCUCAUGGACUUCAACGACCUGCUCUUCGGCACAGGCCUCCCUCGCGACCUGCUCUCUGCCGAUUGGUCUGCCUUUGGCUUGUUGCCCGAGUAG